AUGACGAGGAUUGGCGGCGUCUUGGAGAACCAAUUAGGGGAAACCAGCGACGUGGGCGGGGGCGCAGAAGGAACUUUAAAGUACCUGGAGAUUCCGCCGCUCGAGGAUGGGCGGGACACCUCUACGACCUGGCUGGUUUGGCCGAAUGGGAUCACCAUUGAGGUCGGCACCACGUUCCAGGCCUACCUUCGAUUCACACGCGUUUUCAGUUGGGUUUACUUUGCCUUCGACGUUCCCCCGGACGGGAACAUGCGAAUACUCAGAAUUGUAGAACAACCACAAGUUGCAGAAGGACCACGAGAUGUGCGGAUGACAGAGGACACUAUUAGAGGCUUCUUUCCCUUUGGUUUGUUUGAUUCUAGAACACUUGCCGUUUCUCAAUCCGGUGAUUACCGAUUCCAAUGGUUGAAGUUCCAGGUCACCGUGAAGGAACCAGGGGUGGCCUUUGCAAGACUCUUCGACAACACAAGCACCCCUGUCGUGACCGGCACGCAUACGUUCACCAACAAUUUGGGUUCUGGACAACAGUCAGCUUUUGAGCUCCAUUUUGGUGCUCAAAUCGACCAGCUGGCGACGUGCCAGGAGAAUCGCUACCCUGAUGGGCUCACGGCAAAGGCCAUCUCUUCCAGCACCACAUGCGGGGCAAGAGUGGAUUACAAGAUGCCCGUGAGCUGCACCGAAGAUGUGAACUACACUUGCUCCCUAUCGAGUGGAAGCUUCUUCGAGGCGGGCACUACCCAGGUGCUCUGCUGGGCGAACCACACUUUCGGGAACCUGACACACUCCUUUAACCUCACGCUGGAAGUGGUGGAUGACACGCCCCCUGUCUUGGUGAACCUCACUGACAUCGCAGUUGACACCUGCGGGGACGUGGCUCAGGUCUCCCACGCUGUUGCCGCCAUUGACAAUUGUCAAGCUGAUGUCGAAGCCACGUGUAACUUUCCAUCAGGAUCUUGGUUCGGCGUUGGAAAUACCACCGUGGAGUGCAGGGCCACAGAUGCCGCAGGCAACUCCGCUAGUGGCAGCUUCGUCGUAACGGUGACUGGAGACGAGACAGCCCCAAGCCUCAGCCAACUUCCCGACAUCAGGAAGACCAUUCGUGAGCGCACCGCAAAAGUCACCUUCGACGUGGAGACCUAUGACAACUGUACAGGGGGAGUCGUCGCCGUCUGUGCCCCAGCAUCAGGUGGCCAAUUUGAAGUUGGCUCCACACUCGUGGAGUGCACUGCAACGGACACUGCCGGCAACACGGGCCGCAUGAACUUCACGGUGAACCUGACCGGAGGAAGCAACUCGACUCCUCCGCCAAUCGGCGAUCUCCCGGACAUCAAUGUGACUGCCGCCGGCUGUGCAGAUGGGGCCCAGGUCACCUUUGCAGACGUUGCACCUGGUGUCUACUGCACCCCACCAUCAGGAUCCUGGUUCCCUCUAGGAAGUACCACGGUGCACUGCAGCGUGACGGAUGGUUUUGGCAAUUCGAACACCAGCAGCUUCCAGGUCCUUGUGACCCCAAACGCCUCCGCGCCUCCACGCUUUGGCCCCACCCCGGACAUUGAGGUCGUGGCUUAUGGCACCACUUUUCUAAAGCAGGUGGACUUUCAGGUUUCAGCAACCGGACCUUGCGAGGUGGUCUCUACCACGUGCGUUCCUCCACCAGGCUCUCUCUUCCCCAUUGGGAAGACGAAGGUGCAGUGCUCUGCCAAGGACUCGGCCGGCAACGUGGCAAGAACCGACUUCCGGGUCGUGGUACACUACCAUUUUUACCAUCGUCGCACACGUCGACAUCGUUAG